AAAAGCUUGGAGACUUACAAAGUUGCGACAGCUUUAUCUUUUACCGAAACUUGCCAUUGCGACAGACGAGAAACACCAAAUAAUUCAGACAAUAUGAAUCGGCGCAUGCUUACCAAGGAAGACGAAGCGGCCGGUGACGAAGUCGAAGUUCGCCGCGAAGACCAGGACAAAAUUAAUAAAUUCAGUCGGCUACACCAAAGGGAGUUAAACCUAGAGGAAGAGUUGAAAUCCAAGAAUAAAGAGAAGGAAGAAUUAGACGACAUCACCAUGGAGCUCGAGCUUGCAGACGAAGACGACAAAGUCCCAAGCGAAUGUACAAAUACCCACGAUAGCCACGACAUCUCCAACAAUCCGAUCGGCAAUGAGACACAACUAACAAAUAGCUCAAAAUGCAGAUAUAAGAUCGGCGACGCAUUCUUCCACCUACCGUUAUUACAGGCACAAGAAUUAUUGGUUUCGUCGACUACACGAGUUGAAGAAGAGGUAUCAGCGCUAGAAGACAAGUUAGGGACAGUCAAAGACGAGAUGACGCAGUUGAAGGUCGAGCUUUAUGCACGAUUCGGACGAAGUAUCAACCUCGAAACAUGAAACUACUAUUCAGUAUACGGGGAAGACUGGUAUUAGGAUCGCGUUGCGCUUUAAAACGUGUGUUUAGGGGUCAGCUUCCACGGCACGAGGAAGCCUUAAGUUGGAGACUUCGUCCUAGCCGAAAUUCUCAAAAAAUUAUGCCUCUCAACUUGGAAAAAUAAGCGGGUUCGCUGUCACCAGAUGG